CGGCCCGCCCCUCCUUCCUGGAGCCACAGCUGAAGCGGCGGCGGCAGCGGUGGCGGCCCGGCGGGGGGCGGCGAGUGGCCCGCGCGACACGCGCCGUCCCGGACCCUAUGCGGUGAUUCGCGCGGCGCAGGCGCCUCCUGCCCCGCCGGCGGGGCCCGGGUUUACCGCGGCGGGAUGUUCUCCCGAAGGAGCCAUGGAGAUGUGAAGAAGUCCACCCAGAAGGUGCUGGACCCCAAGAAGGACGUGCUGACGCGCCUGAAGCACCUGCGGGCGCUGCUGGAUAAUGUGGAUGCAAGUGAUCUUAAGCAGUUUUUUGAGACCAACUAUUCUCAGAUAUAUUUCAUCUUCUAUGAAAAUUUUAUAACACUGGAAAAUAGUUUGAAAUUGAAAGGGAAUAAGUCACAAAGGGAGGAGCUGGACUCCAUCCUCUUUCUUUUUGAAAAAAUACUGCAGUUUCUACCUGAACGAAUUUUCUUUCGAUGGCAUUACCAGAGUAUAGGCUCAACUUUAAAGAAGCUUCUACACACUGGAAAUUCUGCUAAGAUAAGAUGUGAAGGAAUCAGGCUAUUUCUUCUGUGGCUUCAGGCACUUCAGACAAACUGUGCAGAAGAGCAGGUGCUGAUUUUUGCUUGCCUCGUGCCUGGUUUCCCAGCGAUCAUGUCAUCCAGAGGGCCCUGUACGCUGGAGACACUCAUCAAUCCUAGCCCUAGUGUGGCUGAUGCGAAGAUAUAUCCAGAAGAAAUCACUCCACUCCUACCAGCCGUAUCAGGGGAAAAGAUCGCUGAGGACCAAACAUGCUUUUUUCUUCAAAUACUAUUGAAAUAUAUGGUUAUUCAGGCUGCAAGCUUGGAGUGGAAGAAUAAGGAGAAUCAAGAUACUGGUUUUAAAUUUCUUCUUACAUUGUUUCGAAAGUAUUAUCUUCCUCAUUUAUUUCCAUCAUUUACUAAGUUAACAAAUAUCUACAAACCUGUACUUGACAUCCCCCAUUUGAGACCAAAGCCAGUGUACAUUACUACAGCUCGAGACAAUGAAAACAUUUACAGUACAAAAAUUCCAUACAUGGCAGCUCGCGUUGUUUUUAUUAAAUGGAUUGUAACUUUCUUUUUGGAAAAAAAGUAUCUAACUACAACCCAAAACACUAAAAAUGCAGUUGAUGUACUGCCCAAAAUCAUACAGACUGUUGGUGGUGGUGUGGGGCAAGAGAGGGUGCCAGCGGAGCUGGAUGGCGGCGGGCCUGCAGAGCAGGACAAAAACCAUUCCAACAGCAGCACCUUGUCCGACCGAAGACUCAGCAACUCCAGCCUUUGUAGCAUUGAAGAAGAGCACCGCACUGUGUAUGAAAUGGUGCAGCGGAUUCUCUUGUCAACACGAGGUUAUGUCAACUUUGUGAAUGAAGUCUUUCGUCAGGCAUUUUUGUUGCCUUCCUGUGACAUAGCUGUAACAAGGAAGGUAGUUCAAGUGUACAGAAAGUGGAUCCUCCAGGACAAACCUGUGUUCAUGGAAGAACCAGAUAAGAAAGAAGCUGCCCAAGAAGAUGCUGAAAAAUUAGGAUUUUCAGAGACUGACAGCAAAGAGACCUCAUCUGAAGGUUCUCGUCAUAAGCGAUCUUCUAGUUGGGGACGAACAUACUCCUUCACAAGUGCAGUGAGCAGAGGAUGUGUGACAGAAGAGGAAAAUAAGAACGUGAAAGCCGGGGUCCAGGCUAUGCUGCAGGUAUUUUUGACAAAUGCAGCAAACGUCUUUUUGCUGGAACCAUGUCCUGAAGUUCCCAUGCUCUUGAAAGAACAAGUUGAUGCCUGUAAAGCUGUUUUGAUUAUUUUUAGGCGCAUGAUAAUGGAACUUACAAUGAAUAAAAAGACAUGGGAACAGAUGUUGCAAAUACUACUCAGGAUAACAGAAGCUGUCAUGCAGAAGCCAAAGGAUAAACAAAUAAAAGACUUGUUUGCCCAGAGCUUGGCAGGGUUACUGUUUAGGACGCUCAUGGUGGCGUGGAUCCGAGCAAACCUCUGUGUGUACAUUUCCCGAGAGCUCUGGGAUGACUUCCUUGGCGUGCUGUCCUCCCUCACGGAAUGGGAAGAACUCAUAAAUGAGUGGGCCAACAUCAUGGACUCCUUGACAGCAGUGCUCGCGAAAACGGUUUACGGAGUUGAGAUGACAAACCUACCUCUGGACAAAUUAAGUGAACAAAAGGAAAAGAAGCAGCGAGGCAAAGGCUGUGUUCUAGAUUCUCAGAAAGGAACCACUGUGGGGAGAUCCUUUUCUCUCAGCUGGCGGAGCCACCCAGAUGUGACCGAGCCAAUGAGAUCUAGGAGUGCCACCACAUCUGGGGCACCAGGAGUUGAGAAAGCAAGAAAUAUCGUUCGCCAGAAAGCAACGGCCAAGCGAAGCCAGUCUAUCAGCAACUGUGUCCACCUUUCUGAGGCUUUGCCUGCCACUAAAAGCGUCCCGCUCCUCCUUCACACCGUGAGCGCUCUCUUACCUGGUCUCUCUCACUCCUCUUGCUCUCACAGGCUGUCAGAAGUGGAAGAAUGUCAGCAGUCAGAAAAUGCACCUGCCGCCGAAUCUGGCUGCCUGGUGGCAGAGCAGCCGCACAUCAUGCGGAGUAGCAGCACGCCUGACGUCAUGGAGCCACCGUGCUCAGACUCUCCACAGGGUCAAAAGGUAGAAAAUGUACAGACUUUGAGUUCUUCAGAGUCCAAGCCUGUUCAAGAAAACAAAGGACAUGUGAAGAAAGAACAUGAAGGAGUAACAAUCUUAGUUCGAAGAAGCAGCAGCCCUGCUGAAUUGGAUUUAAAAGAUGAUUUGCAGCAGAUGCAAGGAAAAUGUAAGGAAACACAGAAGAGUGAAGGUAUCAGCAGUGACACAGCUCUGGGCUAUAACAAUGAGGUAGAGCUGUCCAUGAGCCCAUGGCCAACCUGUGAGGAAGACCCAGAACUGAACACUCCCACAGAUGGUGUGACUGACUCCGAUGCCCGCCAUUGGUUACAACUUAGUCCCACCGAUGCUUCGAACUUAACAGAUAGCAGUGAGUGCCUUGCCGAUGACUGUAGUAUAAUUGCUGGAGGGAACCUCACUGGUUGGCACCCAGACUCUGCUGCUGUGUUAUGGCGAAGAAUCUUGGGAAUCCUCGGGGAUGUGAAUAAUAUCCAGUCACCCAAGAUUCACGCCAAAGUGUUUGGCUAUCUCUAUGAACUCUGGUACAAACUAGCAAAGAUACGGGAUAAUCUGGCAAUAAGCCUGGAUAACCAGUCUUCUCCGUCUCCACCGGUCCUGAUCCCACCACUCAGAAUGUUUGCAUCAUGGCUAUUUAAGGCGACAGCGUUGCCAAAUGAAUAUAAGGAAGGCAAACUACAAGCCUACAGACUGAUCUGUGCCAUGAUGACCAGACGCCAGGAUGUUUUGCCAAACUCGGACUUCCUGGUGCAUUUUUACCUUGUGAUGCACCUGGGAUUAACCAGCGAGGAUCAGGAUAUCUUAAACACCAUUAUAAGGCACUGUCCACCCCGCUUCUUCUCCCUGGGUUUGCCUGGCUUCUCAAUGCUGGUGGGGGACUUCAUCACGGCCGCUGCCAGGGUCCUCAGUACAGACACGCCGGCGACACCUCAUUCAGAAGCUCUCACCAUUCUCGGUUCUCUUGUCUGCUUUCCAAAUACCUACCGGGACAUCCCUUUACUGCAGUCUGUGCCAGAAGUCAAGAAAGUCAUCACAGGAACUGAAGAUGUCAAGCAUUACCUCAUAAAUAUUUUACUGAAGAAUGCCACAGAGGAACCAAAUGAAUGUGCAAGAUGCAUUGCCAUUUGCUCCCUCGGGGUCUGGAUAUGCGAAGAACUGGCACAGUGUACAAGCCAUCCUCAGCUGAAAGAGGCCAUCAAUGUGAUAGGCGUCACUUUGAAGUUUUCUAACAAAAUCGUGGCUCAAGUGGCCUGUGAUGUUCUUCAGUUGCUGGUUUCCUACUGGGAAAAGCUUCAGAUGUUUGAAACCUCUCUGCCUCGGAAAAUUGCAGAAAUCCUUGUGGCCACAAUUGCUUUUCUUUUACCAAGUGCAGAGUACUCCUCAGUGGAAACAGAUAAAAAGUUUAUUGUGUCCUUGCUACUCUGCCUCUUGGACUGGUGCAUGGCAUUGCCAGUGAGCACCCUUCUCCGCCCAGUGUCCACGGCAGCCCUGGAGGGGCAGCACUCAUCCAGAGCCCCUUUGCUGGACUAUAUCUAUAGGGUUCUGCACUGCUGUGUUUGUGGCUCAAGCACAUACACCCAACAGAGUCACUACACACUGACCCUGGCCGACCUGUCCUCCCCGGAUUAUGAUCCUUUCCUGCCACUGGCAAAUGUGAAGAAUUCGGAGCCAGUCCAGUAUCAUUCAUCAGCAGAUUUGGGCAACCUGCUCACAGUUGAAGAGGAGCGGAAGAGGAGGAGUUUGGAGCUGAUCCCUCUGACCGCCCGCAUGGUGAUGGCCCACCUGGUGAACCACCUGGGUCACUUCCCGCUGCGUGGGGGCCCCGCCGUGCUGCACAGCCUGGUCAGCGAGAACCAUGACAACGUGCACGCCGAGGCCCCAGAACUGUCCUCCGAGGUGUUCCGGAGCCCAAACCUGCAGCUGUUUGUGCUGAAUGACAGCACCCUCAUCUCCUACCUUCAAACGCCCUCGGAAGGGCCAGCAGGCGCCUCGCGGGGAGGUACCCUGUCAGACGUCAGAGUCAUUGUGCGGGAUAUCUCAGGGAAGUACUCUUGGGAUGGGAAGGUUUUGUAUGGACCAUUGGAAGGCUGCUUAGCACCCAGUGGCAGAAAUCCUGCAUUUCUGAUUUCAGGCUGGCAACCUCAAGCUUUGGGAGCUCAGAAAGAUUUUUCUCAAAGUGAGGAGGGAGAUGAUGUCCUCGACAAAUUACUUGAAAACAUUGGCCAUACAAGUCCUGAAUGCCUUUUACCAUCACAGCUAAAUCUAAAUGAGCCCUCCCCACCCCCGCGGGGAAUGAACCAUGACCAGGAGAGGGAAAUCAUCGAGGUCAUUUUGCGCCAGAAUGCCCAAGAAGACGACUACAUCCAGAGGUGUAACUCUGACUCGGCCAUGAGAGUCACCAGCCAGGAGCAGCCCUCACCAGUAGAGCCACGAGGACCCUUUUAUUUCUGCAGGUUGUUGCUCGAUGACCUGGGGAUGAAUUCUUGGGACAGAAGAAAAAAUUUCCAUCUGUUGAAGAAAAAUUCAAAACUGUUGAGAGAGCUAAAAAAUCUGGACUCCCGUCAGUGCCGUGAAACGCACAAGAUUGCAGUGUUUUACAUUGCUGAAGGUCAAGAAGACAAGUGUUCAAUCCUCUCCAAUGAAAGAGGAAGCCAAGCAUAUGAAGACUUUGUUGCCGGACUUGGAUGGGAGGUGGAUCUCUCAACCCACUGUGGGUUCAUGGGUGGACUUCAACGCAAUGGCAGCACGGGGCAGACCGCUCCUUACUAUGCUACCUCGACUGUGGAAGUCAUUUUCCACGUUUCAACUCGCAUGCCAUCAGACUCAGAUGAUUCACUCACCAAAAAGCUCCGUCACUUGGGGAAUGACGAGGUCCACAUCGUCUGGUCUGAACACUCCAGGGACUACCGCAGGGGCAUUAUCCCGACCGCCUUCGGAGACGUUUCAAUCAUUAUUUACCCAGUGAAGAAUCACAUGUUCUUUAUCGCGAUCACGAAGAAACCCGAGGUUCCAUUUUUUGGGCCUCUGUUUGAUGGAGCCAUAGUGAGUGGAAAGCUACUGCCAAGCCUUAUAUGUGCCACAUGCAUCAAUGCCAGUAGGGCCGUGAAGUGCCUCAUCCCGCUGUACCAGAGCUUGUAUCUUUUUGCUUUGAGUGUAACCUAUUAGCCGUCCCAGAAUCCUGAUUCCGGGCAGUUUGUCAUGAGAGCUGAUGGAUCGGAGGGGGCACUUGGCAUCCAAAGGGCAGUCUGGGACAGCGGUGGAUAACGUGCAGAGAAGCACAGGAUGGUCAAAGGCACACAGAAGAGGAGGGCCAUUGGUCCAUUACUGCCGCGCUUGGUGACAGCUCUGCAGAAUAUCACAGAUGGAGAGAAUGAAGCUCCAGGAAGCACGGGGCUUAGCCACGGCCCCACAGCCAGGGCAGGGCCAGGAUGGGAGCCCCGGCCAACCCUGACUCUGAGCCCCCCCUGCACCCUACUGUUUCUCAGGAGUCCACACUUUUGACCUGAGAACAGGAAGCCAUCAAAAUUACACAGCUUUGAGAAAGUGAAGCGAUUCAAUUACAUUUUAGCCUAUCCUAUCAUUAUUCUUACCAAGAGGAUCUUAGCCCUUAAACCUCGAUUUUAUGAAAUAAAGAUGAAAGCAAAAGUGUUGUAAACUGCAAUGGAAAGGAUUCCAUUUUGAUACCACAUGCCCGUCACUUAUACCUAAAUACACGUGGCUUCCAAAUUAAACAACAGUGAAAACAUCCAGUAUAAAUAUUCUCAAUAUCAUAUCUCACGACAGAGUCUAACUCAAAACAAGGACCUGAUGGGUGUGACUCCUUGUGCUUUUGCCUUGAUGAAUAUUUGAGAGCAUAGUUCCAUCAUGGUGAUGUUUCUGAUCUUGCAAGACACUGAUUUGUAUAUGUUGAAUCUGUUUAUAUUCUACAUCUUUCAAAAAUGGAUUUGAAGAAACUUACGGUAAAGGACAUGUGUACUGAGAAAAUCAAAGCCAAGGAAAUACAGAUCAGGCAUAACGACAUGGGGCAUCCCAAUGGGGGCCACAGGACAGAAGCAGGGGGUCCCCAUUAACUACUGCCGACCUCUGAGCUACGCUAUAAUACAUAGCUACCCUGUGUUCUCUGGAUACCCUUGUUCCAAAGUUCUCAAUUACUGUUAAUGAGCUUAUAUUAUGCCUAAACUGGAAAAUAUAACAGAUCAUUCUAAAGAGGUAUAGCCUUCAUUUCAAAAUUUUAAGUUCCAGAGAACAACAAAUAUUCAUAGCAAAUUUUUAAUAUCAAAAUAAGUUUCUAUUUUACCUGUGAGUCUACAAAAUUUCUUUUGAGUGUGUAUACAAGUCCAUGUGCACAAAGGCUAAUUAGGAGCCUCUGCCCCCCCAAAAAAGUUAAGGGUUUGACGUAGCUGAAAAAGUAAAAAUUUAAUUAGCAAUAAGAGGGGAAAAAAUCAUUUAAAAAAUCAUCUUAAUGCCCACGUUUUCUGGAUAGCUGCUUCUGCUAAGCCUUUUAGUUUAAAAAGCCCAAGUACCUGACAUUCUGCAUCUCUGUUUUUCUGCAAAGAUAAAAGGAAUCUUGAGAGUCUCAUUCUCAAUAAUGCACUUAAUAUGUGACAAAAAGGUUUCUGUCCCAUUCAUUUCCAUGGCCAGGCAUUUUCAUAUUCUUGCCCCACUGUCAUUUCAUGCUUAACCCUUUGUAGCCCCAUACCGCUUUCCUCGGCCUCUUUCCAGAGGCCUGGGUCGUGGGAUUGAAUGAUCUCAGAGGCGUUUUUGUGUAUUGGAUACUUCCACUCACGUUGGUCUUCUUGUUACCAUGUUGCAGGACUUGUUGCCCUGAUAAUCCAGCUCUCCUCACAGGCUUGUUUACUUGUGAUCACUAUGUAAUCAUUCAUUUUAUGGAGCCUCAUUAAGGACUGCAAACCUCUGUCCCAAUUUAGCGUCAUUCGAGCGUAGGUAGCAUCCAUCUGCUCCACCCGCACUGUUUAAUUAAUGAACUUGGUAAUGUGUUCUUUGCCUGUGAAAAGCGCUCCGUCUUCUCAGGUUGUUGAAUGGGACUUGCAUUCCAGGUUUUCCUUGUUGAGAUUCUAGAAAGCCCGCCCGGGUAGGUGCUAAUUAUGGACUCAACAAACUUCUGUUAAGUCUUAACUUGAAAGCAAAUUUACUUUUUCCUUCAUUAUAUAUUCACAAGCCCAAAGUCAGAUCCCUUCCUAAGCAAGUGAAUUAUUAAUCAGUUUUUAUAAUUUUCUCUUAGGUGAGAGUCAAAAUUCAAAUUGUUGAAUCACUAUGUUGUACACCUGAAAAUAAUGUAACACUGUAUGUUAACUGUACAGGAAUUUAAAUAAAAUGAAAUGAAAAAAAAAUUCAGAUUUUUAAAAAGCUACGUUUCCUUUCAAUGCAGUGAAUAUAUACCUGUUAGUUUGAGCUUUUCCUUUCUGAAAUUAAAGUUCUAGAAAUGCUUGAAUGUCAGAAAUAAAAUGUCAUUACUGUUUUCCAGUAUCUCCUUUAUGGAAUUGCCCAAGAAAUUUUAUAGCAUAGGUUUUAUUAAAAGUAAUGGAAUAACAAUUGAGUUUGUUUCUUCUGGGAAAAUGGUAACACUCAAGAAACAUAUUUUUAAAACUUCCAUUAUUUGUUUAAUUUUUAGUGUGUUGUAAAAUUCUGUCUGGACAUAGAGGUGGUUUGUUAUUAUCUAUUCAAAGACCUGACAAAUUUGAUAUUUUAUGACACAUGGUGUAAAACUAGCCAUGUUCAUUCAAAAAAUCUAUUACAAACUAAGAUCGUCUGCUUAACGCUGAUUUUAAAAAAUAAUACCCAUGGUUCAUGCCUUUUUUUAAAGACUAUUUAAUAUUGGAGGUUAAACUCCACUCUACCCAGUCGGCUGCUCUCAAGUCAUAGAAUUUCUUUCUACCCUAACACAGAAUAGAGUCCCACAUUCAGCUUGUAUUUCUUCAUCACAAUAUUAACUCUUAUUCCUAUAAUGGUAAAAUAUAUAUUUUUAUAUAUAUUUACCUAUAAUGGUAAAAUAUAUAUAUAUGUGUCUGAAUAUUCAUUUCUUCAAAAACUAUUUUUACCUACCCCAUCAGAAUUGGAGAGAAACUGUAUUUGUGUUCCCAUUUAACAAUUAUAAAGUUAAUAGAUUUGAAAAUCAAUAUUAUAGUUAUUCCAAACUAAGUACCCCAUGCACAGUAAGCAUAAAAACAAAAAGGAUUGGGGCGCCUGGGUGGCUCAGUCGUUAAGCGUCUGCCUUCGGCUCAGGUCAUGAUCCCAGGGUCCUGGGAUCGAGCCCCACAUCGGGCUCGCUGCUCCACGGGAAGCCUGCUUCUCCCUCUCCCACUCCCCCUGCUUGUGUUCCCUCUCUCACUGUGUCUCUCUGUCAAAUAAAUAAAAUCUUUAAAAAAAAAAAAGGAUUAAGAGAAGAAUAAUUGUGCAAAAGGCAGCUAGAAUGCUGCCACAGUGUGCUCAUGUGUGGGAUUGGGACCUUUAGAAGAGCACCACCCUUUACUCUCCCUCCCUGAACCUCUGCUGAGCAGAAUGUUGUCUGUAGUCGGGGACCGGGCACCCUCCUUGGAGACACCAUUGAUAAGGGGCAGGGAUCCUCUGACUCUGUUGAUGUGGCCUGAUCGGGAACUGUCCCACCCCAUCCCCUCUAGAAGUGCUCUGAAAGCAGCUUUUUUUUUUUCCUUUUUUAAGAUUUUAUUUAUCUAUUUGACAGAGAGAGAGAGCACAAGCAGGGGGAGUGGCAGGUAGAAGGAGAGGGAGAAGCAGGUUCUCUACUGAGCAGGGAACCUGAGGCAGGGCUUGAUCCCAGGACCCUGGCAGACACUUAACCAACUGAGCCACCCACGCGCCCCUGAAAAAAGCUUUAUGUUGAUGAAAAAUGAGAGACAAUUGUGGGAUGAGCUCCCCACUCCUUGCUUUAAAUUGGCUUGAAGUAAAUGAAAUUGCUGAUAUAUGACUAUUUGGUGCCUAUCCAAAAACGCAUUUUCAUGUAGUUCAGCCUAAUUUUUUGGAUUCUCAAAAUGUGUAUUAUAUAUGAGUAUGAACUCCAUUAACUGUGCACGGCGGUUUUCGACGGGCGGGGGGUGCAGGCUGUGAGAAGGCUUUAACUGCCAAACAGGACAUCUGCCAGAGCCCAGGGCUGCAUCUGGGAGGCCGCUCGUUCCAUGGAAGCCCCGAGUGUCGACGUUGCCGUUUCUUGAACCAUUUUGGUCUCUCUCUGAGACCAUCCUUUUCCUUUCGCCUUAUAUUUGCGUAGCUGUUUUCUCUGGGCAUUGUGCCCAACGGGUGUUAUUUUAUUAUUCUUAUUAUAUGGAGUGUCUCCAACCCUGUUUUGUGAUAAGGGCUUUAAAAAUCAAUUCCAGAAAAAGGUUUAUAACCUGCCACCAUAUGUGUUUAAUGUAAAAUUAGUUUAGAAUUUUUUAUUUCUCUAAAUGGUUCUCACUUGUUUCUCCUCAAAAUGGAGAAAUUGUAAAGAAACAAAAAUCUCAAAUUUUGUUGUUUUGUAGCUCUCUAUUUUUACCUGUGUACUCCUGCUAACUAGAUACUUACACAUCCAUGCAACAGUCAGAGGAGCUCACGGGUUUGAUUUCUGUUAUGAACAUGCAGUUAAAUAAGAAUGUAAAAUUUUACUGACCACAGCUCUUGUUGAAGGGAGGGAAAGGUCCUUCAGCAGGAGAAAUACUUUUGGCUCUAAGAAGAAAAUAGACUCCACUCAUAAAUCCACUCAUUAAAAAUCUUUUUUUUCCCCCAAAACAGAUGUAAAUUGUUCAGGGCUGGUAGGCUCCAUUAGUUUCAGCUGUGUCAUGAUUUCAGCUUUUCAGAAGAUGCCUACAAAUUCAGACCUUCUUAUGGCGUCUUUCAAAGCCGUUGCUGGAUUUUGCCAGUUUUUCUUUUCAAGAGUAUACUUCUUACGGACUGGUUCUAAGAAUGGUAAAGGCAUUGGACAAACUGAUAAAAUCUACUUAUAAUUAAAAUCCCACUGAAAUGUGAGUCUUAAACACCUGUUUGAUAGUUCAAGGUGAUGGAAGUGUUUUCGGUGCUGUGUAAGGGAGGCUCCGUUGAGAGGUUCUUCGCACACAUCCCCACCACGUAGCCCUGCUGGGCAAGAGGGAUUGGUGGUUGGUCUUUUUUGCUUUUGGUUUUUAAAACAAGCUUUUUUCAGGAGCAGCCCUUUCUGGGAGAUGUGGACUAGUCAGGGCCAUGAGCUGAACCAAAGCCAGGAUUAGGUUAAAGGCUCCCCUGAACUUCUGAUUCUAGCGGCAGAGCAAAUGUCAGGCAGUGGCCCUCCUACCCAGAACCAGCCUCUGAACAGUGUGUUUGUCCUGUCAUCUGCCCUUCUGCCAUCCUGACUUCAGCCCUUUGGAUAACAGACUUCUCUGUCUUCAUGAACCUCCUUUCGAAACUCAAACACCCCUGGGACAGCCAGAAAUCAUUACAUUAGAGCUUCUCACAUUGGGAAACCAGGCGAUGAGCCAGUUGGGUCCCAUGAGAAGCAGAACUCAUCUUUGCAGAUCAGCAGCAGUACUGGGUGUUAAAUCAUUUACAACAUUUUUUAUUAACAUAAACAUACACCAGGAAUUUGCGUUGUUUUUAAGAUAAGAAAUCGAACACAUUUCUUGCUUGCAGGUCCCUCCGGCCCGGCUUCCGGACCCCUGAAGGUCCUCCCUUCCCAUUCUGUGCCCCUGUGCAAAGGGGGAGGACUCCAGGGGAAAUGUUUGUGUCGCACUGUCCUCAGCCCUGGUUCUCAACCCUAGCAUCCCAUGGGGAAGUGCAGUACAGACUGAUGCCCAGGACCUGCUCCAUAGAUUCUGGUGACUUGGUUUGGAGUCCGGCUUCAUCGGUGCGGAUUAAUCGCCGGAUUAUUCUCACAUGCAGCCAGGAAUGAGCGCUGCUGCCAUGAGGCAUUAGCAGCCCCCUUAGCAGGGAUUCAUGGAUGCCCAAGGCCUAGGAGGAAAGGCUUGCUGCUGCUUUGUGGGAGGUGGGGUCAGGAACCUCCAUGGUUUCUUUCCAAGCCAGAAAUGGCAGGUAGUGGCAAACAUCUAUCUAGGGCUUAGCUUGUGCUGGGCACCGUACUAAGCAAUUUGUGUAGGAUCACUGUUUUCCCCCUUAACCCGCGAGGAGUCUGAGGCUCAAAGAGGUGGACUGACUUCCUCAUGAGCACACAGCUGGUGAGUGGGGAUGGGGAGAUUGGAGCACCAGCAGUCUGACCACAGAGCCUGGAUUCCACCCGCAAGAAUGUUGCGUGAGACGAGGAGCAGCCGGGCAGGUGGGAGCAAGUGGGGGACUCUGGGAUGCUGGCUGGAAACUGUGAAAGACAAACAGCACCAACUUCACAAUGAGGGCACCUGUUAUGGGACACCCAAGGCUCAAGAGGGACCCAGAGGUACAAGGAGAGGAAAGUGGAGAUCGGGAGGCAUCUGCAGACACCAUUUCAUAGCCCUCACCACCCCCCCCAAACAACUCAGUGUCAGAAGAGUCAAUGCUUGGAUUAUCUCCAUUCCAAGACAUCUGUUCACCAGAGAACCAUCCCCCCCAUUUCUACCCCAAAACGUGCUGCUUCUGCAUCCUUCCUCAUCCAAGAAAUGAAUGUGACCCCCUUCAAAUGACAUCCCUAUACCACUGUAUUUUUAUAAACCCUUGUGAUAUUACCAUCUUACCUUUUUAGACCUUUGUGAGAUUGAUCAAAGGGUUAAAAGUAUAAAAACUAUGCAGCUUUAAAGAAAGUGUAGAUAUCAGUGCUAUUCUUUAAUCUAUAAUAAUGAAUGGUUUUAGUCAGAAUGCUUUAAAUGCAGCUAUUGUAAAAUCUCUGCCCUUGUAUCAGUGGUUAAGUAUCAUGGCUCAUUGAUAUAGCUUUAAAAAGUUCAAAGGCUAUGCUAGCAUAUCUUUGUCUCCUCCUCUUUUAACUGUAAAGAAAAAGAUGUCCUUGUUAUCAAGCCUUAGCAUUUAUGUGAAAAAUGAAAUUGGGUUCAGUUUGUGCAUAGAUUUUGAGAGAGAUUAAAGUGGACAUCACACAAUUUUUCUCCAUAAAAGCCUGCCUUUGAUGUGCUUUCUGCCUAUUCAUACGGAAGCUUCAGCCAUUGUUUUUGAGCUGCAAAAGAGCGUCUGCUUGUCACCAGCACAUUCUAAUACCUUUGUGCUGGAGCCUUGUUCAAGGUGGAUCUUAUAAUUCAGAGAUAAUGUUACUAGAGCCGUACAUUGUGACCAGACACCAGCCUGCCUCAGGAAGAUAAAUGCCAAGGCAAAGGCAAAGCGUUUAUCGAAAAUGAUCAGGAAGCAAAACUAAAACAUUUACUUCUGAAUGUCCGAUUGUAAUCUGUGCUCUUGAUACUCCAUCAGCAAUAUAACAGAAAGUUAUUCUUUGGUGUUUGCUUUGUUCUGGCACCGGGUUCUAAUUUGCUUUUGCUUUGGAGGUUUGACUGCAAAGGAAAUCAAUGAAGUGGUUACGUUACAGGGCUGAGAGUGCCUGAGUGCGUGCUCCUAGCUUGAAUCAGGCUAGGUUGAUGGAGGGCCAAGGGGAGGUGCCUCAGCGAACUGGAAGUUGAUGACAUUCUAGUAAAAUGUCUACUAGCCAGUCAUUUUUACAUGAGCCCCUGGGGUGUGUGUAACACAGCAACACAGCUUUAUGUGCAUUUAAUCGUAACUAGGGAGUGGGGUUGUUGUCCCAUUCUACAUGAGAGGAAACUGAGGCUCAGAAAGAAGUGCAGAUGGGGCACCCGCGUGGCUCACUCAGUUAAGUGUCUGCCUUCGGCUCAGGUCAUGAUCCCGGAGUCCUGGGAUCAAGCCCCACACCAGGCUCCUUGCUGAGCUGGGAGCCUGCUUCUCCCUCUCCCCCUAUUCCUCCCCCACUCGUUCUCUCUCUCUCUCUCAAAUAAAUAAAUAAAAUCUUAAAAAAAAGAAGUGCAGGGACUUGCCCAAGCACCGCGGCCAGUGAGUGGAGAGGCACUCACACUAGGCCAGUGCUCUCCCCCUGAGCGCUUGUUUUCUCAUGCCUUCCACCUCCGACUGCUCCAUCACUAAUUGCUACAAAUAUUCUCACACAGUACUUGUAAUUUGCAUAUCAACUAAAAUUUACCUUCCUAGCUAAAUUUAUUCGGAUGCUCUUCCUCAUCUCUGAAAAAAGGUAGGGUUCCCCCCCUCCCGUAAAUGAAAGUGAAAUUCAAUAGAAAUUUUUUCUUUGUUUGGCUUAUGUUCUUUUGGUACCUAGUAUGUACCUAAUAUCUAACUUUUUUGUUGUUGAGGUUUUUAUUAAUGCUUCCUCUGAAUUAAAAAAAAAAAAAAAUCCUAUUUUAAAUUAUCUCCCAAACAGCUAAGGCUAAAUUCCUAGGAAAAUAUUAUCUAAAUGACUGUUGAUACCUCUAUACGUUUGUUUUCCUUACACGUCUUCCACUCAAAGCUCUUCCAACACAUUCAAACUGUUUGGCCGUGUGUCCCACGCUGCCGGCCAGGGUGUCUAACUGUCGGGAACCUAAAGCACCCAUCGGAACAAGAAAGGAGGGCUCCUCCAGGGACCCCCUGUCGAUACUGGGGGGAAAAGAGCAAAGGAAGAAGAGGGCAAGGGGGCUCCCGUCUGCUGCUGUCCUGCCCGCCUGUCGCGUGAGGCCUGCAGGGAGCAGCUGUGGUGGGUGCGAGGGCGCCCCGCCUGCGCAUCUAACUCAGCCACUCUGUGCUCUUCCACCCAGGCUCACCUCCACCUGAGCCUUGGCCACCGUCCCCCGACCAGCAGCUCAGCAGCCGUCCUACCCCCCAUUCUUGUUUCCAUCUCUCUAUAAAAAUGGUGAUCAUAUGAAGAAGAAAAAGCAUAUUACAUAAGUUCAUGCCAAUAUAUUUAAAAGUCCUCCUGCAAAAGAAAAUUGCAAUAUGAAUUCUGAGUUAAAGUGAGACUGACUCUUCUGGCCGGUUUUCAAUUCAGUCUGCUUUUGUCUUUUUUGUUUUUUUUUUUUUGUUUUUUUGCAAGCGAGCAUUAACCCAUAUUAAAAUGAAGGCAAAACCACACUGUUCCGUUCCGAAGAAACAUUUGGCCACUAAAUGAAAGAAGAGCCAGGAUCCACGUAUAAAUUAUUCAGAAAUUUGGUAAAUAAACAUGCAAACUUCUCACUGAGGCUAUCGCGACUGCAUUAUGCAGUCCAAUAAAGAGAAUUUAAUUUAAUGGAUUUUCAGCAACAUUGUUCAGUGAUCAACAAAAGGCAUACUGUCCUUUAUGAAGAACUGAUUUUCCCUGGGCAUUCUGAAGAAAGUGGGUCCUCGUUAACCCUAGAAUGGCUAGCUAAUGUAAUUGAAGCGUGACCACCUGGCAGUGAGGUUGCCCGUCAGCUGCCAAGGAAGGCCCGGCCGGGAGGACCAGGUGCUCCGCUUGCGCCGUCUGAUUGUUACAGUGGAAUAAACAGCGUGAUUGCACAGUAUGGCCGGGGGCGAGAAUCCAAGACUGCUGCCAGCCAGAGAGCCUGCUUUCUUCCCUGGUCUUUGACGAGGCGGCCCGAGAGUGCUUCUAUUCAGAGCAGGUAACUCUGACAAAGCUCCGAUGCUGUCUGCUGCAAUUAGGAGGGGGAAAAAUCAGACCGGCCUGAGAACGAAGCAGCAGUGAGCCUCAAGUACCUGUUUCUGCAUCACACGAAGCCUUGGCGCUUUUAAUACAGGAUGUAAAGGAAAUCCGAGCAAAGGCACCUAAAUGUGGAGUGACCACUGUUGCUUAAAGCGUGUUGGCUUUAUGGCUGCUGCUUUUAAAGCAUCACACCAACUUGACACCCAGCGAUAAACUUCACUGAGGCCUGGAUCCCAUGGCAACCCAAAUCCUGUGGUUCUUUGGUUAUGUUUAAUAAAAUGCUGGGCCAUG